AUGUCUUCUAAUGGCGCAUCAAAAUUCACCCCUGGAAUUCCAGCAAAGGAGAAUAUUAUUGUUGAUGGCGUAUUGCGCUAUCCAGCUAUAGGCUCAAAAGCCUUGAUUGUUGGAGCUGGUAUAGCUGGUAUGAUGGCAGCUCUAGAAUGCUGGAGGAAGGGUAUCGAAGUCGAGAUUAUUGAGAAAGCGGCGACUAACGCACCCUUUGGUGAUGGUGUCCUUAUUGGGCCAUCGGCUUUUACAACAUUCCAUCACUACCCCAGCAUGAUAAAGGAGUACGAGGAAAUCUCUCAUGAUGUCCAACUUUCCUUUGCUGGCCGUGAUGGUACGCCAAUGGUAUCACUACAAGAGUUUGAAUGGAAUCGAGAAGGCGUGGCUUUAACCAGCGCCUAUCCACUCCGAAUUAAGUCACUCUUAGGUCGUCGAAGCUUUACCGAAAUGCUCCUCAGUCAGUGCAAGAGGCUCGGUAUUCCUAUCACCUAUGGGGUUACUAUUGAGAACUACGAAGAAGAUAUCAGCAAGAAGAACGCUACCGCUGUUGCUCUCGAUGGCCAACGAUACACGGCCGAUAUUGUUGUAGCUUCAGAUGGUCUCGGGACCAAAUCUCAUGCUCUUACACUAGGACGUCCAGUUAGAGCCUUCAAAACCGGCCUCGUAGUUUAUCGUGGAAUGUAUUCGACAGAUCGCCUCAAGGACGCACCAGUGGCAGGGGAUUUUAUUCGGAACUUACAAAGACCCGUAUUGCUUGCCCUGGUAGCUAAUAAUAUCCAUUGCAUUCUCGCCUUCACCAAAACUGACGUGAUCCUUGGUAUAACAACAGAAGAAGAAGACGAUAUUAACACGACAGAUUCUUGGUCAUCUACUGUGUCCAACGCAACUUUAUUGUCGCUUUUACCGGAGCCAGAGACUUGGAGCCCUUUACUCCGAGAAGCUAUCCAUCACGCACCAGAUCAGAGCAUAGUUCGAUGGUCACUAUGUUUCCGUAAUCCUCAACCCUGCUGGACCUCUACCGGUGGCCACGUCAUUCAGUUAGGUGAUAGUGCCCACAGCUUUCUACCGACAUCAGCAAACGGUGCCACUCAAGCCCUUGAAGAUGCCUUGUCUCUUCCUGAAUGUCUUCGUCUAGGGGGUAAGGAAGGCCUAGGGGUCGCUACCAAGGUCCAUGAGUUAUUACGGUAUCAACGCGUUUCGCUCAUCCAACACUUUGGCUUCGUCAACAUACAAGACUUCCAUCGUGAAUUCGACCAGAAAGCCUUGCAGAAGUACCCACUAUUGCUUAUGGGGAAAUGGUUAUGGGCACAUAACGCAGAGAAGUACGCAACUGAUAACUUCUACAAGGCGUGUGCACACCUUGAAACAGGAAGUCCAUUCGAGAACACCAAUCUACCACCCGGUCAUAAGUGGAGUGACUGGACGGUAGAGGACGAACUUGCUAAGCAAAAGGCUGGCGUUCUAACCAUGUUGGAACUCAAGAGCAAUGGUGACUGGAGCAUAGUAUAA